AUGGAUACAGGAUAUCCUACCGCCCCAGCCCCAGGCUGCCAAAGCCAAGCGGCAAAUACUGCUAAUAUGGCUAACAAUCAACCAGAAUCAUCCCCGUACGCCGGUCCUCAAACUACCCUACAAUUCCAAGAUGGGCUACAAUUCGCCAUUCCUACUUCAUUGUACAAGAAGUUUUUCGAGUAUGAAAUUUCCGAUUUCAACGAGUAUCUGAUGAACUUCCCUGGUGAUUGUGGACAUGUUAUCGUCCACUUUCUCUACACGGGCACCUACCAAUAUCUCAAGCUAAAGGGCACAUGUCAAUGUGAGAAGGACAAGGACAUUGAUGAAUUCAUAACAUGUGCCCAAGUAUACAAGAUUGCGGGAGACUGUCUCCUAUUUCCCCUGAAAAAACUCGUCAGAGUCGAAAUGGAACGCCUCGGGGGCCGCUUACAAGUAACGCAACUCCUUAAUGCGAUGAAGGAUGUGUACCUGACCCUUCCCGAUACCGAUAAAUGGCUUCGCAACUUUCUCAAGUCUCUAGUUGAACGCCUCAUCGAGAAUCCUUCCAUUCCCAUCGAACUCGGUGAUUCGCAGAGCCUUGGUCACCAUACGUCGAUCGCUAGUUUCCUUGUUGGAACCGCAAUUGAGCUAUGUCGCGAAAAGGUUCACGCGUCCCAGCGAGGUCAUACCACCGUGGUUACAAUUCAGGGCCAUCUUCACGAAGCUCAAGCCCGAGGAAGUGAACAUUUAGAACCUAAGCUGCUCCUCGACCAGAACUCGCAGAAGGAUCAGAAUGCGAAGGUGAAAAGCGAGGAAGACGAAGAACUACAGGGUCUAAAGAACGGGGGAAAUACAUUGCCUUUGCAUCCUGUGGGCGGGACGAGCUCAAACAAUGUUAAAGAACCGAAAGCACCGGCUAAUCCCAACAAUGAAGAAAUGUUUGAGGUCCCCCUAACCACGGGGGCAAAGACGUACUAUGACCUCCCCGAGGCUCACACGACUUACUCUUUCGAAAGGCUCCUAACUGUAUGUGCAGAGGAGCGCUUCAGAAAAUUCUCUCCGGAGGAACUGCGAUGGAAACAAAUGGUUUGGGAGAGAGAUCACCCUGAGGGUGUCUAG